AUGAAGUUCUUAGAAACUUUGAAGGGCAGGGGGCCCAGUCACGCGAAUCAUGCUCGAGAGGAAGCCCCUAAAUUCGAGUAUGUCAAGUGGACCAGCGACCCCGGCCUUCGCACCCUCUACUGGUACUGCUUCAUUCUGCUAGUCUCGUCCGCUUCUACUGGUUUCGAUGGCAUGAUGUUCGGCGCUGUGCAGAAUUUCGAUUCCUGGAAAGAAUUCUUCGACAGUCCCAGCGAUGCAAGACUCGGUCUCUUGGGUGCUUGCUACCAGAUUGGCUCUGUCUGCUCCAUUCCUUUCGUUCCUAUUGUUGCCGAUCGUUGGGGCCGUAAGCCCGCUCUCGCUUUUGGUUUCUUCACGAUGACCGCUGCUGCUAUCAUUCAAGGUGCCUCUCAGAACUGGGCGACCUUCCUAGGUGGGCGUGUCUUGCUUGGUUUUGGCAACAGUUUUGCCCAGAUGCCCUCACCCAUGCUGAUAUCCGAGCUCGCACACCCUCAGCACCGAGCUAGGCUUACCACCAUCUACAACUGUCUCUGGAACGUCGGAGCCGUUGUUGCUGGAUGGACCUGCUUCGGAACCGACUACUGGCCUAGCAACUGGUCGUGGCGUCUACCUUCUAUUUUCCAGGGUACUCCCUCUUUCUUCCAGUUGAUUGCCCUCUGGUGGAUCCCCGAAUCCCCUCGAUUCUUGAUUGCCAAAGACCGUUACGACGAGGCCCUAAACAUUCUUGCCAAGUACCAUGCCAAUGGCAAUGUCGACCACCCGACUAUUCAGUUUGAGUACAAUGAGAUCCGCGACACCAUCAAGCUGGAGCAGACUGCCAAUGAGAGCACCAGCUAUCUUGACUUCUUCCGCACCAAAGGCAACCGAUACCGUCUUGCUAUCAUUGUCUCUAUGGGAUUCUUCUCGCAGUGGUCUGGGAACGCUAUUGUUUCCAACUAUAGUGCUAUUCUCUACGAGAAUGUUGGUGUUGCUAGCUCCACCGCGCGUCUUGGUAUAUCUGCCGGCCAGUUCACCCUGGGUGCCAUUGUCUCUAUUUCCUUUGCCCUUCUGGUUGACCGCUUUGGUCGUCGACCAAUUUGGUUGAUCUCGACUGGUGGUAUGUUGGCCUGCCUUGUCUUCUGGACAAUCUGCUACGGUAUUUAUGAGCAGUACGAUCAGAAACAAGCCACAACAGGUGUUAUUUUCUUCAUCUGGCUACAUGGCUUUUUCUACUCCAUUGCUUGGUCUGGGCUCCUAAUCGGUUACGCCAUCGAGAUUCUGCCCUAUUCCAUGCGUGCUAAGGGCAUGAUGUUGAUCAAUAUGUGCAUCAACGGUUCCCUCGCACUCAACAAUCAGGCCAAUCCCAUUGCCUUCGCUUUCUGGGAGGGUGAGACCUGGAAGCUCUACACGAUCUACUGUUGUUGGGUUCUGUUUGAGCUUGUCUUUAUCUACUACUUCUACGUUGAGACGAAGGGCCCGACCCUGGAAGAGAUUGCAAAAGUCUUCGAUGGUCCGGACGCGAAGGUGGCCGCCAUUGAUUUGGGCAAGAUCAAGGAUGACGAUCAACCCCAGGACAUACAAGACGAGAAGCACGUGGACCAGAACGCUACAACUGAGGUGAGCAAGGUCUAG